GUUCAUUGAAGUUGACGAACGAACGACGUCGAUAUCUUUUCGCUUCAUAAACUUCAUAUAUUUUUUCAUUGUUUUGGACUACAUGCUUUGAUAUGAUAUUUGUAUUUAUCUAAGUUUAUCUAAUCUAUAAUGUGGUUUUGAUUGUAAAAUAAUCUUAUUGAUGUUAUAUCAGAUUCUAUUGUAAAAUAAUCAACUGUCAAUUCAACAAAGCGUAACAGUGAACGAAGAUAAUUUAUUGUUAUUUAUUUCAAGUAUUUCUUUUGGUAUAACACUUCCGAAUGUGAUUUGGUGCUCGAAAUGGAGGAUUAUAAGUUUCUCUUUAAAGUGGUGUUAGUGGGUAAUGCUGGGGUGGGCAAAACUUGCCUAGUGAGAAGGUUCACGCAAGGAUUGUUUCCGCCAGGUCAGGGCGCAACAAUAGGCGUAGACUUUAUGAUCAAGACCGUAGAAGUAGAUGGCGAGAAAGUGAAGCUUCAAAUCUGGGACACAGCUGGUCAGGAACGGUUCAGAUCGAUAACACAAAGCUACUACAGAUCGGCGCACGCUUUGAUCUUAGUGUAUGACAUAUCUUGCCAGCCCACAUUUGACUGUCUGCCCGACUGGCUGCGGGAGAUUGAGGAGUAUGCCAAUAACAAGGUGCUUAGGAUAUUGGUUGGUAACAAAACAGAUAGAGAAGACAGGGAGAUCCCUAGGCAUAUCGGCGAGGACUUCGCGCAGCGCCACGGCAUGUACUUCCUGGAGACGUCCGCCAAGGAGGCCGAGAAUGUCGAGAGGCUCUUCAUGGAGAUAGCUGUAGAACUCAUGGAGCAAGCGAAAUGCAAGGAGCUUCCGAAGUACGAUGGCAGUUUAGGACCAAUCAACGGGAAAACGACAUCUGUAGGCGACACCUCAUGUUGUCUGCGCUAAGAACGAAUUUAUUACAUACCCAUUCUAACUUGACCCGUGAUUCGUAUGGAAAUCUAUUGAAUUAACGGAUCUAGUUGGUGUGGAGAUUUAUCUCAUUGAUAUUAAGCUUUCGCCUAGUGGGGGCACCAUUUACGUCUGUAGCUGGCUUGUGAGUGUAAUUUAUUUUUUGUUAUUAUCGUACUAAUAUUAUAAAUGCGAAAGUUUGUGAGGAUGUGUGUAUGCAUGUAUGUAUGUUU